UUCUCUGAAAACAUGGCUGCUCCCAUGGCUCUCAGGCGAGAAUUAUUUUCUUUGGCAAGGAUACUUACAGGAAUCUCACACCAGGGACCAAGAGCUUUGAGCGCCUGUUCAGGUCAUAGGAAAUAUAAUGUAAUCAGGUCCCAUCUCCCGCUGACAUCCAUCACUUCCUUUCACACAGCAACAGUGUUUUCAUCAGCACCUUCAUCAAUCACUGUCACAGAAGAGCCUGAUGUACUGUUUCAGAAGGUGUCAAUUUUGGUCAAAGGUCAUGACAAGGCCGUGUUGGACAGCUAUGAGUUCUUUGCCACCAUGACAGCAAAAGAGCUGGGCAUCACCAUCAGCAAAGUCUUUGAACCUCCCAAGCACAUAGAAAGGCUUACACUCCUGAAAUCAGUACACAUCUUCAAAAAACACAGGGCCCAGUAUGAGAUGAGGACACACUACCGGUGCAUUGAGUUGUCUCAUUUAACAGGCUGCACAGCCCAGGCGUACCUCGAAUACAUACAGAGGAACCUCCCUGAAGGUGUAGCCAUGGAGGUGACAAAGACUGCCAUGGAGAAGGUUCCAGAUCACAUCCUUGAACCCAUGUGGAAAGACAACCCUGCUGACGACAAGCCCAGCCAGUGACUGCAGUGAUGAGCAGCAGAUGCUUACUGGGUGUCUUUUCUCCCAGUAAAGACACUGGAUAAUUGUGAAGACUUUACUAUAUAAAAAAUGCUAUACUAUUAUACACUUGUCAUAAACUCCUGAACUUUUCUGUGGCAAAACAAUAUGGACUCAAUUGUAUGUUUCUUUUCCCAAUAAAUAACACAUUCUGCAUUGAAUGGCAACUUUAA